ACUUGAACACUAAAAAAUAAACAAGAAAUGGGUAGCAACGGGACUUGAGCCCUCGCUAAAUCACCAGAUUGGCUUGAACGAGCUCUAAUUUGCCGCACUGGGUUCCUGUAGCAGCAUCCUAGGACGCAGCUGAUGGGAAACCAAGUCUUGUAAUGACAUUUAUUCCGUUCUUGCCCUCAUUAAUCGCACAUUGUCAAGGGCUUGUCGCUUACAAGACGACUGCAAGGCCCCUCUCGGCAUGGCUCGGUGCCUGAGGUGGUGAAUACUCGAGGCUGCAUCUUCACAGGAGCACCAAAGACGAAAACAUCGCACAGGCACAUGGCAACCAUGGAGAGUGAAUCACUGGCCGAGCGCAUUUUGCAAGAUCUCGGAAAUGUCUUCAAGAAGGAACCGUUUGUGAAGGAGUUCGAUGUGGUGCCAGUAAGCAACUCGUCAUGCAAUCGUAGUCCAGUGGUGUGCGUGGAGGGUCAUUUGGCCCUUGGAAGUUGGUGCGUUCCUCAUGUGUAUAGUUAUGCAUACACAAAGCUGAUUGAAGCACGCAACAACAUCGCAAGGCACGAAAAAGAUAUUGUUCUUGGAUGGUCAAGAAUAAUAAUUCUCAUAAACCCAGAUGUACAGUUGGCCUGGAAUAUCAGAAAGGAGCUCUUCUUGUGCAAGCAGACAACAUUUCAAGAGGAGCUGAAGUUUUCUCAGCUUGUCCUGACGCGAAAGCCUAAGUGUUCAGAAGUGUUCUCACACAGGCGAUGGCUUAUGCAACAUAACCUACGAAGCUACACCACUGACCGCGCAAACAACAUUCUACAAGAGGAGCUCAAGGUGUGUCUCUUGGCUGCUGAAAAGUACAGGUGCAACUACUAUGCCUGGACAUACAGGAUAUGGCUUAUGGACACCUUUGUUCAUGGCAACCCUCUCAUGCUGGAAUCGGAGAUUCAGCUGACACGUGAAUGGGUCCGCGGUCACGUGUCAGAUUGCAGCGGCUUCCAUUACCGGCAGUACCUGUUGCGCCGUGUGGGAAGCAUUCCACUGCUGUCUAAAGAGCUGGCUCUGUGUGAGGAGCUGUGUAUCUCGUUCCCUGGCCACGAAGCCAUCUGGAUGCAUCGGCGCUUCUGCCUCUGGCAUCUGCAUCCUACUGCCACCAAUGGGGAAACACAGGCCAAGAAGGCUCGCGGUGCCAGCAACUGGGCCGAAGCCGAAGAAGCCUUUCUGCAGCGAGUGUCGGGUUGUGGCGAGUGGCAGGACGAGUUAGUGGUACGUCACGUUCGCUGGUUACGCAGCGUCUUGGGCUGGACAGGGACAGCACCGUGACAGCAGCAAAGCAACAGCUCUUGUGGAAUGUGCCGGGAAAGAAACGGCUGUGAUUUCUUGUCUCAGGAGAAAAGGUUUGGGCUCCUGGAGUAGUCAGAACAGAAACCGAAACAUGAGGUGUAUGAAGGUGGCCAGAACCAGAACUACAUGUGGUUGUGCAUUUGCCUUUUGCGGUGAGUGAUGGGCUUCAGUGAGUGACAGGACACCACGACAGUGGAGCAGCAGCCCUCCUUGUGUACAUGUGCUGGAAGAGAGUAAAAUGGCUGUUAUUUAUUGUCUCAGGAGGAAAGGAAAAAAAAGGCGGGCUUCUGCAGUGGCAAGGACUGUGAACGAAAGCAUGCUGUCAACAUGCACGAAGGUAGCCUGAGGCAUGUGCAGUCGUGCCAAAGAAGUGCAUGUAACGGCUUACGUGCAGAAACAGUUUUAUCGGAUGCACUUUAGUCACAGUACUGCUUGACUACUGGACUUGUGAAGUUGUCAGUGGUGCUGCUCGUGUGUCGGCUUCCAUCGAGUAAGAUGGUGCCAGUCAUUGUAAAGAACAAAAUAUGCCUGCAUGGCUGCAUCGAUGUUAUUUGCUAAGUGUUGCUAACUUUCAGGUGUUAAUAUGUGUGCAGCUACUGCAUGUGCUCUUGCACGUGGAAUUUUACCAAUGUGGGUAAGUGGCAUAGUACAUGCAAACCAUUCCUUGUGCUAAGUCUAGUUGAUGAGCUUUGCAAGACGUAAAAGCCUUGCUUGUGAUUUUGUUGGGCUUUCCCAGAACCUGGUUACUCAGCUAUGAAAGAAAAAAAAUGUUAAUGUUUACAAAGGAACUGGUAAAGAAAUAUAUUUAACUGUGCAUGCCCACGUGGUAUGGGCACUUUUCGGUAUUUGAGCAGGUGCAGAGGAAGGCCCCUUUCAUCUUAAUCUUACCCAAAUUUAGUCUAAACGAAGAGCAGCUACUGAUUUUAUGGAAUAUAUUGAAUUUUUGCUUAUAUAUCAUGAGCACCUAAGGACUUUGUAAAUGACAUGGGCGAGGUUAAAAACCAACCACCUUCAAUAGUUCUUAGCACUCAUUGAAUCCUUAGGGGCUGAAAGUGACAAGCGUAUCAAGUUCAAUCCAAAGAAGGAGUCAAGAAGUUUAGUAGCAGGCAGACGCCACAUUGCUUUGUAUCGCUUGGUUCAAAAGCUUAAACACUUUGCCGCAUAAGGUAAUGACCGUAUAUGACAUUUCCAUAGUCUUCAAAAUAUUAUAUCUGAUCCUUUAGCCCCUUUCAAGAAAAUAAAACAUACCUACAUAAUGACACCUUUUAGUAUCUCAGCAGAUACAGAGAGCGUAGCGCCACCAGAGAACAGCAAGCUCUCUUUAAGUAGGAAGUUGAACAAAGCUGUUCAUUGCAGUUGAAGGCAACAAUAGGGAGUUUUCGAAAUAGCGCACCCAAGUGUCUUUGUGUACCCAAAGCCCCACACCCUGCUUGCAUUCUUUUGUGCUCCUUUUGCAUUCUUUUGUGUGCACGGCAGUUUGUGUCCCUUAACUUUAGGUGUGCAAAACCUUAAACUUCCUAUGGCCCUUUUUGCCAUUGAUGCACAAAGGCUUUUUGUGGGUGUGGACCUUAUUCAAGGAUUCGGAGUGUUUUGCUAGAUGAUGAAAUUGGUGUUGGAGUCUUAGUUUUGUUAAAAAGUACCGUCGUGGACAAAUGAGGACUAAUUGUUUGCGUGUUUUGAGGCCUACACCACUUUUGAUGACUGGAGUGUUGUGAAAUUGCACUCUCGAGUGAUGACUCAUAAGAUGCGUUCUACUUUUCUUAUAUCUUCCCAUUCUCAUUUCAUUUGACCACUACAGUACUACAUUAUCCUGUCAUUAGGAGCAUAGCAAAUACACAUUCUAGAGAAUAUCCUUACAUGCGAUGUAGCAUCUUCCACUUGUUCAAUUAUUUGGAAUACGUUUUUUAGAUCUGUCAUAAGUCUGCUUGUUAUUUCUGUUUAUCUGUUUUUGGCAUUUGGAACUAUGAUGCUGUUGCUGUUCUCUGUAAUUUAGGAUGUAAUUCUUCAAGUUUCAUUGAUUGCAAAUACUUCGGAUUUUUACAAUACCCUUAAUUCGGGCUCCGCAAUAUCAAGAAUGCACUUUAUGGAAAUUUUAGUCUGAAAGGGGCUCUGCAAAACAUUUUAGGUUCAUUAUACAAUGUCUUUGCUAUAAAAUGGCAAUCAUCUUGCAGACUUCCUCUUGAAAUAAUUUUUUACCGUGUGUUUCUGUGUCAGCAAAGCAAUGAGAUUCGUAAUGUCUGUCUUUACUGUUGCUUCAGGGCUUUUCUCUCUCCUUCUAAACCUUUUAGAAUGUUAGAUGCUGCAGAUCUCUGCUAGGGAGGGCAAUGCUUUACCCAGUGACACGUCGUCAUGGUGUACUUUUAGUUCCUUUUUUUUAUCUUGCAUGCCUCGUUCAGUUACGGUCAGAUGUAGGUGCACAUUUUGUUCCUUUGUCUGCUGCUUUUACCCUUUUUCAAGUGUUUGACGUCUCCAUCAUAAUUCUUUCUUCUGGUGUCUGAAGGAAUCUAACAAGUAACCAUAUUGUACCAGUUUAUGUCAUCCCUUGACAUGAAUUAUGGAAGGGGAUUUCAAACAGCCAUGAGGGAGAACAAGCUACCUUUUCGGGCAUCAUUGUGUGUUUUCUACAGCGUGUGGAUGCAAAGCAAUUGGGCUGGCUGUUUACAACAUUAUGUAGUCAGUGGGCUGGUCUAAAAAGUUUGCAUUGUUCAAUAAGUGUUUCAGGACAGCAUAAAAAUGCCCAUGUUAUCUCUUUUCUGCAGUUAUGUAAACUUGCAUAUCCUUUUAUUUGUUGACGUAAGGAUAGCCCUCACAGUGUCUGCUUUGGCCUAGUUGGCACUAAAUGUGGCUGACAUGUGAGUAAGAUGAUGUGUAAAAUUUUCCUCAAGGAAGCAUUAAAGCUAUGGUGAAAGGCUGAAAAGCUGCAGACGAGUCAUUGAAACUGUAGCCACAGACCUGUAGCAUGGAUCAAUUAUGAUUUUACUAAGCUGGGAGGUCUGCACUUGCCUAUGUAAUUUGUACAGUUUCACCGUCCAUUUGUCUCAUACCAAGUUCUCUGGUUGCCCUUCGGUGCUUUUGUUUGUGUAAUUGCAGCAGCAGUUGUUGUUCACCACCUUAGUAUUUCUGAAACAGCAUUUAUAUGCUGCUCAUAGUUGUCUUGAACUUGGGAUUAUUUAGUGCUAUGGAUACCCUGCAAAUGUAGUGAGAAACUUGUGUUAAUUAUUUUCGCAUCUUUUUACAACAGAUGGCUCAUAGCUACCUCUGUCAGCCACAGGUGUUGUUUGCUGUAAUUGCUUUAGUGUCUUUUAGUGAUCAGUGGCUCAUGGCAUUUCUGUUGGUCUGAGAUUUUGUUUGUCAGAGUUGUGCAUAAAUCUCACAGCUUUUGUAACAAGACAUUCUCACCUGUAAGGGUGGCCUUUAUUUUUUUAGUCAUUUUUACUUGCACAAAUGAAGUGGCAUUUAGCCUCCACUCGAAUGUUGUUGUAGAGAUUAGCUUGGUCAAAGACAAAGUUCCUUCAUGCAGCAUCCUAGCUGAGAUGCUGUGGCUAAAGGGUGUGCACUGCCUAUUCAAAAGUGUAUCUUUUCCUCUUUGCUUACCCAUUUGAUGAUUGACGUGUGUUUUUUCUAUUUCAAGUUGAACAGUGUGUGAGAUACCUGAUGCAUGUUUCUUGCUGCUUACCUGAGCAUUCUUUCUUUUUGCAUAGAUGGCUUCACCAGAUAUAUAUUUCCUGAUAGUAUGUACAUUGACUCACUAAUGCCAAGAUUUAGCGCAGCACCUUGAUCGCAGUGAGAGUAAUAGUGUGAUAAUAGUUUGCAUUACGGAUAAUAGUUUGCAUUAACAAAAUUAAAUUAAUUGUCAAUGAAACUCCAAGCCCUAGUUGCAAGGGAAGCAUGAAAAAGCUGUAGAUAUUACACUUGCAUAUGAAGAAAAAAAUGUCACUCGGAACAUUCUGAUUAGCUGCAUUGAGUAGAUUUUGCUCUUGCUUCUAACAACUGCGGCCUGUGUACACCAUGUUUGAAUGCAUGCAUUGUUGUCUGUCUGAUACAAAAAUUUCAUUCAAGCAAUACACAGUAAGUUAAUAGGUAAACUUGCAGACAGAAAGCUCUAUUUACCAUGUGUGUGCACAGUACAAACUGGUUGUACUUAUCUGUUGUUGACCUAGUUGUAUAUUUUUACUUGACACCAUGACAGAGGAGCCUAUCAGUCUUGUUAAAAUAAAGAAGAGAGUGCUUUUACCUGU